AUUCCUAAAAGAAGGAAUAUUUUGAAAAUGUUAGAUUCAGUAUCGUAUAAUAUAAUACAAGUUUGGGAAUGUUAUCGCACUACUAAGCCAUUUGAAUACAAAAACAAUCAUUGCGAUCAGGAAACAGCUAUUAGGAAAUUUAUAAAAUACAAAUAUUAUUGUUUUAAUUGUUCCCACUUAGCUGUUACCUCAAUAAUAAUACCAAAUGAAGACAAUCAGAAUUUCAUUGAAAAAUUUAUAAAUCGCACAGUAAUACUUGCACAUGGUAUGUAUUUGUCCCAAAUAACACGAAAAUUUAUAUUGGAAACUAUUAAAGAUAUGAUAAGCUGGUCUAAGCAUGCUAUGCAGAAUAAAAUAAACUUAGAACGUAAUGUUCAAAAUCAAAAAUCGAUGGAAUCUUCUAAAAACAACGUUGAUAAGAUUUGUAUUUUCUCCACUGGAACUGAAGACAGAAAAUUAUCUAUCAGUAUUGCACCUGAAUUACUGAAGAAACAUGUAAAUUGUGAAAUAGCGGAAGAUGCGCAUAAACAUAAGCAACGAAAAGAAAGUAAUAGAGAUCAAAGAAUUAUUUUGGCAGAGAAUGCUGACAACUUCCAUAAAAAAAUUCAUUCAAAAAAUUUGUCAAUAAGUACAUUAAGCGAACCACAAGAAAAUUUAUCUAAUACUGUCUUAUUAGGCAAUGAAUUACAAACAAUUAACUUACUGACUGAUGAUGUUAAUGAUCAAAAUCCAAAUGCAAUAUCAAGAUCAUCAAUUUCUCGAGAUAGUGGCUUUGUAAGUCCCGUAUAUAGACCACCUUCAAGAGAUCCAAAGACUAGUGCACAGGAUGAAAUCAACACUCAUGUAGCUCAAACACUAUGCUGUGGAAAUACAGAAUCCCCAAAUGAUGCACUUGUUAUCGUCGCUUCGUGCAGGGUUUGCUCCAUCAAAACACGUAGAAUGUGCGUUGGAUGUGCUAAAGAAUACUAUUGUAGCAAAGAAUGUCAGAGAAAAGACUGGCCCAGACACAGGACACAGUGUCGGUAGCAGCAGUUUAUAAUCGAUAAUUUAGUACUAAAGCUAUAUUUUUGAUUUAUAAAUUUACAUAAAUUGUAAUUCGAUGUGCUAUUUAAAAAAAAUGUAAUUUAGUAAAAUACUUGUAGCAGUCAAGAUGCCCAAAUAUUAUAAGAGAUUUCAGUAACACUUUACUUGAACAUUCAUCUAAUAAAAAGUGUUUUUGCUCGCAAACGAUAAAA